AUGUAUAAUUUUGUCGUUCGCCAAGUUCUUUGCUUAUCAACUCGACAGUUUUUAAUAACGAGUCGAACAUAUAAAUCAAAUUUAUCCUUUGAAAAAUUAUUUCCUAAUUGUAAAUCACUCGAAGUUGUCUCAGGACCUAUAAAAUCGCCUACAAGGGAAUCAACUGGAAAUGAAAAAUUCAAUGGAUUUAUUCCUACAGAUAAACUCGAGAUUGCACAUCGGCACGCACGAGGUCCAGGUGGUCAACAUGUGAAUAAAACAUUAAGUGGUGUAGAAAUUCGAUUUCAUGUUGAUUCAGCAACAUGGAUACCAGAUUCGAUUAAACCACGUUUUCAUGAUAUGAAUCAUAAUCGUAUUAAUCGUGAUGGCUAUUUUGUUAUAUUUUCUGAUGAAACUCGACAUCGUUUGUUAAAUCAAGGUCAAUGUUUAGACCGAAUUCGAGCAUUAAUUCGUGAAGCAAGUAUUGUUCCAAAAGGAUUGAGUGACGAAGAAAAAAAAGUGAUCGAAGAUAGAAAAAGAGUCGCAUCAAACGAACGCGUGAUGCGCAAACGUAUUCAAUCGUUAAGCAAACACGAACGUAGACCUUCUUCGGAAGAUUUGGGUUGA